CACCCCGCUGCCUCCUUCACGCGUCCGGCCCGCCAGCCAUGGGCGGCAGAGAUCACCUGUUCAAAGUGCUGGUGGUGGGGGACGCCGCGGUGGGCAAGACGUCGCUCGUGCAGCGGUACUCGCAGGACAGCUUCAGCAAACACUACAAGUCCACGGUGGGAGUGGAUUUUGCUCUGAAGGUUCUCCAGUGGUCUGACUCCGAGAUGGUGCGGCUCCAGCUGUGGGAUAUUGCAGGGCAGGAGCGUUUCACCUCCAUGACUCGACUGUACUAUCGGGAUGCGUCAGCCUGCGUUAUUAUGUUUGACGUUACCAACGCCACGACCUUCAGCAAUAGCCAGAGAUGGAAACAGGACUUGGACAGCAAGCUCACCCUGCCUAACGGAGAGCCAGUGCCCUGCCUGCUCUUGGCCAACAAAUGUGACCUGUCCCCUUGGGCAGUGAGCAGAGACCAGGUUGACCGGUUCAGUAAAGAGAAUGGUUUCACAGGCUGGACAGAAACAUCAGUCAAGGAGAACAAAAAUAUUAAUGAGGCCAUGAGAGUCCUCAUUGAGAAGAUGAUGAGCAAUUCCAGAGAAGAUAUGUCUUUAUCCACCCAAGGGGACUAUAUCAAUCUACAGACCAAGCCCGCCUCCAGCUGGGCCUGCUGCUAAUAGCGUCUGGCUUGUUUUCCUUCCUACGUUUCCAUCUCUUCCCUUCAGAUGCGCACCCAGCAAUCUUGUUAAGCACAUUUGAACCGUCUCCUGCAAGCUGUCCAGAAGGAGGACCAUCGUCACUAAGGAAAGACCUGGGACUCGUGUGUGUUUCUGCAUGUGUCCGCCAGCUCCUGUUUGCUGCUGGCUCCCGGGGCUCAGUACCUUCCAUGUAAAGAUCACCUCAUCCCUCAAUUUGUGAUCUAGGGUUUUGUGGGGAGCACUAGAGAUCAGCACCUGUGGUUUAAGGAUCCUAAUUCCACCUGUUUUUGCAUUUCUUUUUCCAUUUGAUGUAUGUGGGUAUCUCAGUCUUAUCUGACUUCAGAUUUCGAGGAAAAUGAGAACAAAGGGCAUUUUCCAAAUUCAGUGUAGUUAUUGCUUUCAGAUUCUUUCUGUCUUGGACUUUGAGUUGAAACCUCUUGAUUCCGAGACAGGCAAGGAGUGGGGCUGGAUAUCCGUGGGUCCUGGGUCACAGGAGGUAACCCAAAAGUCACACCAUUGUUGAAGCGUCUAAAGUCAUAAUUGCCUUUCUCUUGUCUUGGCUUCAAGAAUAGUCAAGCUUUUAAACUGUCUGUGGUGUGUGAUGAGAGCCUUUCUUUCCCCCAAAGAAACAAUUGUCCCAUUAGGGUUUUCUAGUAUCUCCCUACCCGUGGGGUGGGAGCAGGGUUCACAAGGUUUCAGGGUUGAUGUCUUGAUGCCUAAGUCUGCAGGUGACAUUGUUGGGCAGUGCUGCCCUGAAAUAGAUCUGUUCUUUACAGCCCUGGGAUUCUGAAUGGAAGAGGGAGAGGUUAACAGGACAAAAUCCUGCAGGGCCACUUCCUUCUGAGCACGUUGGUGCCUACCAUUUACCAGCCAUAGGAAACGCAUUUUAUGUGCAGACCUUUGCCUGAGUGGGGAGAGUAGACAGACAGAAAAUCAUUGAGCUAUUUAAGUGCUAAAUCGGGUAGGGUUUUUAGUAUCAAAUCACUUCUAGACAGCUUCAUUUGUUGAAUUCUCACAGAAUGGUGAUUUAUAACCCACCCAAAGUUAUGAAUAUUCUUCGUGAACUCAGAGUCCUAGAGUUCUUUGAAAGACACUUAUUUUAAAUACAUUGUCCUAAAUAAGUGGUUCCGGAAUCAGACUUAUCAGAACCACCUGGGAAGUUUGUUCAAAUUUUUAAAAAAUCAGAUGUGUACAUUUUAAGAUUUCUGGGUCCAAAACUCAAGCCUACUGAAUCAAAAUUUCCAGGGGCGUGGUGUGGGAAUAUAACUGGUUGUUUUUCAAACCUACCCGGGUCAUUUGACCAGCCUGAUUUGGAAGACAUUGCUGGAGAAUUUAGGAAAGAUGCAGAGACCCAGGCAUUCCUUGUGUUAAUGAUCCUGGGUUUCCCUCUGCUCUCUUUGCUCUCCAGGUGAUUCUGAUACACCCCAGACUUUGGAAACUACUCUCCUAAGCAAAUGAUCAGAAGCCAAAUAUGAGAAGGAAAACAGGAGCCAGGCCUUCAGUGGUUGGUUGGUUGGUCUGUUUUUAAUGACAGUU